AUGACAGAUUACUUGGAUGAUGUUGGACCUGAGAAAUGGUCACGAUACCACAUGCCCACAAAUGGGUAUUCCAUAAUGACCUCAAAUAUAGUAGAGUCGAUUAAUGCGGCCAAUCCUGUCAACCAGGCAAUGUUUUGCGUUAGUGGUGACAGUUCAUCUUUCGUUGUCGAUAUAGAACAGUAUACAUGCACAUGUCGGAUGCUUCAGGUUGAUCGACUUUCGUGUCCACACUCAUUGGCUGUGAUUGCUAGUAUGAAGAUGGAUCCAUAUGAGUACUGUUCCUACUAUUACACAACAGAAUCAUACAAGAAAACUUACCAAGAAGCAAUAUUUCCUGUUGGGAACCCAACUGAAUGGACCGUGCCAGAAGAUUUUCGAGAAAUGGUUAUUUUGACACCUAAUCAAAAGCGCAGUUGUGGAAGGCCUACGGAGAAGAGAUUUAGAUCAGUGUGUGAACAAACCGUAGUUAUCAAAUGCGAACGUUGUGGUGAACGUAGUCACAACCAUCGUACCUGCAGUAACUUAGUUCCAUUAAGUCAAAGCCAAGAGAAAGGAAAAGAAAGGCAAUUGAUGUUAUGCAUUGAUCUAUAUGGACUAAUUUUUUAA